AUAGGCUAUCGGCGCCCAGCCCAGCAAGCGUUCCAUCUAUACGGCGUCGGCAAAUUUUUAUUCGAGUCAGCUGGAGAAAUUAAAAAACUUACCUUUUCCUUAUUUUCCUUAUCUACCGUGGGCUCUCUUACCCCAUCAUUUGACUUUAUCCUUAACGUCUUCAUCUACCAUAGGUUCUCGUACCCCGUCCUUUUUAUUACCUUCUUAUUCUUUCUUCUUUACAUUCGAUUUUAUACUUAUCAUUCGAAAAAUUUUCCUGUUCUAGGACAUAAUCACUACGUGAUGUGUGCACAGUUUCACCCUUCUGAAGAUCUCGUAGCAUCGGCUUCACUUGACCAGACUGUACGUAUUUGGGACAUCUCCGGAUUGCGAAAGAAACAGCUACCUGGUGGUGGCGGCAGUGCACCCAGAUCGGGAACGGGACCGCAGUCACAGGCUGACUUGUUUGGACAGCCAGAUGUUGUCGUGAAGCACGUCUUGGAAGGCCAUGAUAGAGGUGUGAACUGGGUAGCUUUCCAUCAUUCUAUGCCCAUUCUCGUCUCAGGAUCAGAUGAUCGUCUAGUCAAACUGUGGAGGUACAAUGAAUCUAAAGCCUGGGAGGUGGACAGCUGCCGCGGUCACUACAAUAAUGUGUCGUCUGUUCUAUUCCAUCCGAAAGCUGAGUUGAUUCUUUCAAACUCUGAGGAUAAAUCGAUUCGAGUUUGGGAUUUGCAGAAAAGGACAAGUCUUCAUGUUUUCAGACACGAGAACGAGCGAUUCUGGGUGCUGUCUGCUCAUCCAAAUCUCAACAUGUUCGCUGCUGGUCAUGAUAAUGGCAUGAUUGUCUUCAAGAUUCAACGUGAAAGACCGGCUUACUGCAUUGCUGAGAAUCUCGCAUUCUAUGUCAAAGACAAGCAACUUCGUCGUCUUGAUCUCACUACCAACAAAGACCAAGGAACGUGCAAACUUCGUACGGCGGCGGCAUUCAUGCAACCUUAUUAUGCGUUGUCAUACAAUCCAGCCGAGAACGCCUUUCUGCUCACUAGCCGCUCUCACAACAAAGAGCAAUGCUUCUACGACAUCUACAGAGUGCCCAAGGAUUCAGACGGAAACACAGAAGCCCCAGUGAAUAGAUCACCAGGAAUCGCUGCUGUGUGGGUGGCUCGAAACAGAUAUGCUGUUCUGGAUAAGAACCAGCAGGUGCUUAUCUACUUACCCAAGCUGCUAUAUAUACGCAAGAUUGAAAUGAAUAUCCCCAUUGACGAUUUGUUCUAUGCGGGUACUGGUGUGAUUCUGCUGAGAAAUGAAGAGGGUCUGCAGUUAUUCGAUGUGCAGCAGAAAAGGGUGAUGGCACAUGUGAAAGCCAGCAAGGUGCGAUAUGUAAUCUGGUCGAAGAAUAUGGAAUAUGGUGCUCUGCUUUCUAAGCACACGCUUACGCUCAUCAAUCGGAAGUGCUAUGCUCUCAAGCAAGAGUCCACCCGUGUGAAAAGUGGUGCUUGGGAUGAUGACGGCGUUUUUCUGUACACUACUAGUAAUCAUAUCAAGUAUGCGCUCACUGCAGGAGACUGCGGUAUUGUUCGUACCCUCGACCUACCAUUGUACGUCCUAGCAGUCCGUGGCAGCAUUUUGUACUGUUUGAAUAGAGAGGCGACUCCCGUCGAAGUGCCAAUUGAUCCGACGGAGUAUCGAUUCAAACUAGCGCUGAUUAAUCGACGUAUUGAUGAGGUGCUAAAUAUGGUCAAGAGCUCAACACUGGUUGGCCAGUCGAUUAUCAGCUAUUUGGAAAAGAAGGGUUAUCCAGAAAUCGCAUUACAUUUUGUGAAGGAUGAGCGAACUCGUUUUGGUCUCGCUCUUGAAUGCGGAAAUCUCGAUGUGGCUCUCGAGGCAGCCAAGAUUUGCGAUGACAAGGCUAUAUGGGAAGCGUUGGGUGAGGCGGCUCUGAUUCAGGGUAAUCAUCAAGUCGUCGAAAUGGCCUACCAAAGGACGAAGAAUUUCGAGAAGUCCGUGAUUAGAGUUUACGAUGGGAUCAGUUUCCGGAGUACGCUGAAGAUCACCUGUUUCAGGCUGUCAUUCUUGUAUCUUGUCACCGGCAAUAGUGAGAAGCUUUCAAAGAUGAUGAAGAUCGCCCAGAUGAGGAAUGAUGCGCACGGCCAUUACCAAACAGCCCUGUAUCUCGGUGACAUAGAGGAAAGGAUCAAAGGUGAGUGCAAAUCCAGAUGGACGGUAAGGCGGCAGGCAUGGGAGAGCGAAGGAGAGCUACCUUGUUGGCGGAGUGAUGGAGUAAUUGAGGUUGACGAUGACGAUAUUCUAGCUGGAACUGCUGAAGAAGGAGAGGCAGGAUGGGAUGUGGAGGACGACUUGGCCAUUCCUGAUGUGCCUGCAGGAGUCGGAGCUGAAGAUGUUGUUGUACCGAACCGUGCCCAACCUCCUCCGUCACAUUGGCCGGCGAACAGCCGUCUUGUGGCCGAUCAUGUUGCUGCCGGAUCGUUUGAAUCCGCGCUUCGUCUGCUUCACGAUCAACUUGGUGUCGUGAACAAGAUGCCGUUCAAGGAGAUUUUCAUGGCUACCUAUGCUUGCUCACGUGUCUCAUUCACUGCAUUGCCAAAUACCAAAGUGCUUUUCGGUUACCCACUAAGAAACUGGCAAGAAGCGUCUGGAAAGAGUGGUCUUCCAGCAGUUGCGGUAACCCUUGCAGAUUUGGCAUCACGGCUACAAGGGUGCUACCAUAUGACAACUGCGGGUAAAUUUGCAGAUGCCAUUGAUAAACUGCGAAAAAUUCUUUUGUUCGUUCCGAUGCUCGUUGUCAGCUCAAAACAAGAGGUUGCGGAAGCCGAACAGCUCAUUGAAAUCUGUAGAAAUUAUCUGGUUGGUCUAGUGAUGGAGAUGGCGAGAAAGGAGAUACCAAAGACUACCCCAGCUGAUCUGAAACGAAAUGCUGAGAUGUUGGCGUACUUCACGCACUGUGAACUCCAACCGGUUCAUCGGAUUCUCACGCUAAGGACCGCUAUAAAUGCGUUCUUCAAACUGAAGCAGAUGCGAACAUGUGCUUCGAUGUGUAAACGACUUCUGGAGCUUGGCCCAAAACCCGAUGUUGCUGCUCAGGUAAGAAAAGUGCUCGCAGCAGCUGAACAGGAUAACAAGGACCCCCAUCAGCUGGCUUACGACGAGCACAAUCCAUUUGUUGUCUGUUCGCGUAAUUAUGUACCGUUAUACCGUGGAAAACCUCAAUGCAAAUGUCCAUUCUGUGGAGCGUCGUUCUCUGUUGGCUUGGAGGGUACCGUAUGCGAUGGCCGGGCCGGGGCUGUUGUUCAGGUAGCAGAAAUCGGAAAGGAUGUGAUUGGUCUCCGGAUUUCUACUCUCCAAAAAUAG